AUGACAUCAUCUUUUAUGGUAUCAUCUUCAACACCAACAGGAAAUAAUCGUCGUAUUGAACUUGCUGCUAUGGAUCUAUGGAUCUUAGGACGUAUUAAUAAUGUAUUUGUUUAUCCAUCGGAAAUAAAUAUUGAUCAACUUAAAGAUGCACUUAGUCGAACUCUUUCUUUAUGGCCAUUUGUUGUUGGUCGUACUAUAUUAGAGAACGAUCAACAUCAUAUCAUUGAAAUGUGUGACAAUCCUAUUCCAAUAACAUUAGUUAUUAAUAACGAUUUGAAAGAAUGGUCUUUGGAUUCAAAUGUUAUUGUAGAAGCAAAUAAUAAAUUAUUUCCAAUAUUUAUUGAUGAAGUUCAAGUAACGAAAUUCUUUAACAAUUCAUCUGAUGAACCACUUGUUCAUUUCAAAUUGACUCAUAUUGUACAAAGUAAUGAAUGGGUAUUAGGUAUUAGUUGGUAUUAUCCAUUACGUGAUGCUACUGCAUGUCUACAUUUUUCUAAUACAUUAUCACGCUUAUAUCAACAGAUGGAAUCUACACAACCAUUACUAAUAUUUCGAUGA